GGCUCUGUGAGACUCGUCCUUGGAGGAGACAUGCAGGCUCUCGUCCUACUGAUAGCAGUGGCCUCUCUCCUUCCACCCAUUACCAGUCAGACUUGUAAAUUACUAGAGCAAUCGCUGGAUCCAUUGCAGAAGGGACCGGAUGAUGUCACUGUGAGGAGGGUGGAGCUGAACGGAACAGACAACGCGAGCUGCCUCAACGCCAACAGAGAGCAAGACUCACCACCGUGUCGUACCAUAGAGUUUGCCCUUCAGCCGACGUUAAACGUGGAGAACCGAUCAGUGACAGAGAACCUGACCAUAUACGUUGGAGCAGGGGAUUUACAGGCCUGCCAGCGAGCAUGCUAUAGGCAUAAUUGACUCUAGGAACAUUCAACUCAUUGGGGCUGGAGUAGGCCAGACUGAGUUUUGGUGUGGGUUGUAUGGAGAGGAAGAUACUCAUUCCAGAGACCAAAAUCAGACAUGAAUGUGGCCUCGGGAUGUCCACAGUUUGCCAAACUUUCCAUCCUAGAUGAAGGAAAUUACGCCAAAAACGACGUAUUGUUUCUGAAGUGAUUGCUCAUUCGUCUUUAGUUCAUAUGUAAAUUUUUCCUUUGUAGCUAUCCAGUAUUAUGAUUCAUAAUACUAGAUAGCUAAUAGGCUAAUUGUGCUUUUAUGGAUUAAUUUUCACAACAGACCUAGGCAGCGAUUAUGCAAUAGACACCUAGGGA